UAACGCCCCAGGCGGGCCCGCUCCGCCCUUCUGCUCGGCCCGGCGCGGCCUAGUGCCCCGGCCCGGACCCGCGCCGCCGCCCCCCGGCCCGGCCCGUCGCGGCCUAGCGCCCUACAGCGGGCCCGCGCCCCUCCCCGGCCCAGGCCACAGGGGCGGGCCAUGCCCUGCGCCGCUCGGCCAGGCGCAGGCGCCGCCGCUGCCGGCACGCCCGCCCGGGGACGGCGGCUCCAUGCGCUGCCAGGUAGUGGUGCUGUAUUUUGCUAGGAGUGCCGAGCUGGCGGGGCUGCGCUCCGAGACCGUUUCUGUGCCACGGCAGAUAACCUCGCUGCAGCUCUGGGAGGAAAUUGUUAAGAUUCAUCCAAGGCUUGCUGUCAUCCGGGAUCAAGUGGUUUUUGCUGUUCAGCAGGAGUACGUGCUUCUUGGAGAUCAGCUCCUGGUCCUGCACCCAGGAGACGAGGUUGCCAUCAUCCCACCAAUUAGCGGAGGCUGAAUCAGUCCAAAUUCUUUUUUUGUCCAGAGAUGUGAAGUGCAUUUCCCCCUCUCGCCCCCACUCUUUUGAGAGAGUUUAACUUGUGCUUCCUGCUGGAGAGAACCAUAGUGUUGACCAGAAACUAUAAGCUGCUGCACAAAUAAAUGAUUAACACAUAUGCAGUAAAUAGCAGAAAAUUGCCAGAGAGGAUAAAAUGCAGAAGGGGUUGACAGUCUUACAGAUCUGCCAGCAAGAUGGUCCAUACUAGUUGAUUGUACUGUUAAAUUGGGUGUUGGAUUAGUUCUAGUUCUAGUUUAGUCCUACCGGACCAGACUUUCCUGCCGG